CCGGUAUUGUGUUCUGUGUUUGUGGGUGUGUUAUGGUUCUCAUGGCUACUAGCAGGGGUUAAAUAUGUCAGGACAGAUGGAAAGGUUGGGGGGGUACGAUGGGUAAUCCCGCGGGGUUUGGAAAUGCAUAAAUAGGGAUUACUGUCUCAUCUCUCUCUCUUCUGUUCGGGGCCUUGAUCUGUUCCUAUGAGAGUGACCCUUAACUCGACAUGGUAUAAUUGUGUAUGUCGGCAUUUAGUGGCGUGGGCUGUGGCCUGAACAAUAGCCCAGUUUAGGAAUAAACCUGUGUUCUGACCUGCACACCUAGUGUCUGUCUCUUUUCCUUUUAUGACCCAGCCGGGUCAUUACAAUAUGUAUUUAGUAUCUAGUUAGUUAGUGUAGUCUACUUGUAUUGAUUAGAUCUUGAGAAAGAAUUAAACUCACCCUACAGUUCUACCACAGAUUUUUUAUUUUUUAAAGAUGUAGGCUACUAGUUACAGCAGUUUACACGUAGGAACAGUUCUUCGUGAAAUUAUUGCUUAUCAGGCGGGAGGAAUUUCGCAGAUGCACUGGAUGAACUUUCACCCCCACAAACGGAUUCAUUGUUUUGAUUCAGCUAGCGUUGCAUUGUAUAUUUAUGUGCUAAGAGACCACCCGAUUGAUAGCUUCCAUAGGAACAGCCGUAGUUGAGUGAUGCCUAUGUAGCUAGACGGAACCGUUGUUCUGUGCGAAAGACGAACAAAAACAAUGUUGUCUCUGGAACGAUAUUAUAGCCUAGCUAGCGAGCUGGCUAACCUGACCGUUCGCAACAACAACAUGGGAACGCUAUUACAACGGAUCUGAUCAAUCAUUUGUCGCCACUGGUCAAUUAACGUUACUUAGUACAGACAAAUUCAUGCUUACUUACACUUUGCUAACAUUUUGAAAAGUCACUAACUUCCAAUGGGCGAGGAAAAGCCAGAGACGUUGGACUUCGUCAAAGACUUCCAAGAGUAUCUCAGCCAGCAGACUCAACAUGUGAACAUGAUCUCAGGCUCUGUCAGUGGCGUCAAAGAGGUGGACGACUUACCAGCAGACUGCAGUCAGAAUGGGCUGGACCACCCCUCAGCAGAUAUGUCCCUUGACGACGGCUCAGGGAUGCUGGUGGAUGGCUUUGAGAGAACAUAUGAUGGCAAACUCAAGUGCCGUUACUGUAACUAUGCCACCAGAGGCACAGCACGAUUAAUUGAGCACAUCCGCAUUCACACAGGAGAGAAACCCCACAGAUGCCACCUGUGCCCCUUCGCCUCUGCUUAUUUGCGCCAUCUAGAGGCACACAUGCGCUCCCACACAGGAGAGAAGCCUUACAAGUGUGAGCUGUGCUCCUUCCGCUGCAGUGACCGAAGCAACCUGUCACACCACCGCCGCCGCCGGCACAAGCUCUUACCAAUGAAGGGCGCUCGCUCCUCUCUCUCCCACAAGAAGAUGCUGAGCGUCUUGCAGAAGAAGACCAGCCUGGGGUACGGUCGCCGGCUCCUCAUCAACUUCAGCCCCCCCUCCAUGGUGGUGCACAAGGCCGAGCACCUGGAUGACUACUCCCACGAGCUGCCCCACCUGCGCCAGGAGACAUACGACAACCAGGGCGCUGGUGGAGAUGGUAGCUCAAUGGACGACCACCACAAUCAUCACCACAACCUGGUCAUGGAAAACCCCCUCAACCAACUCUCGACCCUGGCCGGCCAGCUGGCCAGCCUGCCCUCAGAGGCUGAAGUCCAGACCCAGCAGCCUCCCAUGUCUCCAGGUGCAGAGUCCUGUGUGGACGAGAAGCCCUUCCUCAUCCAGCAGCCUCACCCAGCCACUACUGCUGUGUCAGCCAGCACUGCCCACGCCUCUUCCUCCUCCAUCACCCCAGAGCCCAGGCCCCCACCACACAGCAACUGCAGCCCCGGGGCUGAUCCCUGCAGUGAGCACAGUGGGCGCACCAGUACCCCCAGCAUCACCAACAGCCAGCCCAGCACACCAGCCCCGGGCCUGCCCUCUCUGCAUCAAGACCCCCAGAUGCUGCACCACUGCCAGCACUGUGACAUCUACUUUCCUGAUAACAUCCUGUACACCAUCCACAUGGGCUGCCACGGCUAUGAGAACCCCUUCCAGUGCAACAUCUGUGGCCACAGGUGCAGGAGCAAGUACGACUUUGCCUGCCAUUUUGCCAGGGGGCAGCAUAAGCAGUGACUUGUUGCCGGGUCAGUGACUGGAGAGAAUGAAUGGAGGUUGUUUUUAUUUAAUUCCAUGAUGGUGAUUUUAUUUAUUGCUGUUGAACUUUCUGAAACUGGCCUUGAUGUAGCCUCUGCAAAUUCCAUGUAGUGAAUUUGAUUUUAUAGGGGGAUAAUAACAUAUUUGACAGUGCCCAUGCAUUUGUAGCUAGAGUGUAGGGAUGGAGUGGUUUAGAGGUAUAACUCACUUGACCUGUUUGAUCAUGAACAUUCCUCAUGUGGGUUUUUGACAUGAACACUAUUUUCAGCCUUACGAACAUAGUUCUAAAUGAUGCUAACGCCUUUGUGAGAGUGCUCUUUAGUGGCUGUAACCAUACCAACUAAACCAUUUCAGAGUGAAAGACCACCAUUCAUGCCUCCCAACAGUGCCUGCGAUAUUCACAAUCUCUUUACCUGUACUGAAAUGGACACAUCUUAUAUGUUGAGAUGUUUUUGCGUUCGUUUUCUUCAGAUGAGGGUGUCCUCUUGUCAUUUGUGAUGGAUCGGUAGACAGUGCCCUACUUUAACCACUGGUAGAUAGCCUAGCGGUUAGAGCGUUGGGCCAGUAACUGAAUGGUCGCAGGUUUGAAUGCCAGGCCAACAAGGAGAAAAAUCUGUGCCCUUGAGCAAGGCACUUAACCCUAAUUUGCUCCAGGGACACCGUACUACUGUGGCGGACCUUGUACAACAAAACAUUUCACUGCACCUCUCCGGUGUAUGUGACAAUAAGUGCUUUUCUUAUUUUAGCAUCUUUUUGUUAUUUGGGUGUUGCAUAGAAUAAAGCCUAACCUAUACAUCAUGUUAUAUUCUGACCUUUAAAUAACAUAUGUCAUUGCGAGAUCUAACACCUUUACUGUCAAAGCAGUAUCACCAUAUCUGUGUCUCCUCCUUUGUCAUGUCUAUUGAGUUCAGAAUUGCCAAGUAGCACCAGAGAUGCCAUGUUUUAGCAUACAUGCUAUGCCUUAGGAUUCCUCCUGUCCGGCAUUAAUCAAGGCAUUGCAUAUUGUGGAUCUCAAUGCUUUUUUUGAUAUUGGUUAAGUGUUCUAUUCUACAUUUUCUGGCCUGAUGGGUGUUGUCAAUGACGUUGACAUUAUGCUGAAGUGAAGAUUACUGCCUUAGCAGGGUUGUUUUACAUUGGAUACUGUUGUCUGUUGCAUAGCAACAUUUGUGAAGAAAAUAGUUACUGUUUCUAGGACUAGUUGCAUGUCAACAUGCUUACAGGCAUCCAAUGUUGGAGGAGUAAUGUAAAGGGGAGGUUCACAGAAGAAGAAACACCUGUAAGGGAAUUUGUUUGUGUUGUCUUAUAUGGGACAGGUGAAUGUUGAAGUGUUUUGGCGGUCAAAUCAUUUUAUGUGAGAGGAAACAUUAACACAUUUCUGAGUAAAGUGUUUUCUAACAGA